AUGAAGCUCUGGGUUGUCCUACUCAAAAUGUCCAUCUGUGGGAUUGUGAUGCUUCUGCCUGCACUGGGAGGCAUCAGGAACUCCGCUAAAAUAAAAGAAAUUAAGCAGUGCUGGGUACAGCCUCCAUUGAAGUUUUGCGACCUAAAAUGCAAUGAAAAAAACAUAUGUUUUCAAAUAAAUUAUACCUGCUGCUGGACCUACUGUGGAAACAUCUGCCUGAACAAUGAAGAACCCUUUAAAACACUGCUAAAGGAACCGAAAUGGGCUGUCUCAGCAUGA